AUGGACGACAGUUCGAGUGAGGAGGAAACGAUGACGGAGGACGAAACCGACGACGACGAAGACGACAGCGAAGCCCUCAAGGAGAAUUAUCUUUCCUUUUCGGUUCCCUCCCUUGGUUCCGCAUGGGAGGGACAUCGCCUGAUGUGCGCGCACGCCUACCGCUCCUUUCUUUUGAUCGGCACCAACCAAGGCGCGGUAGGGGUGCUUGAUCCCACGACCAUGGCGACGCGGAGCGUUUAUAUGAACCACAAAGAGCCCAUUAGCGAUACGAGCUGCAACAGCCAGGAGAGUUUCAUCGGCUCCAGCGACAAAUCCGGCGUGCUUGCGGUUCAAAACGUCCACAAUCGCGCGGAUGUCUGGCGGAAGCAGAUGAGCUUCCCCAUCCAAAGCCUCGCCCUACACCCUUCCUACGCGCAGUUGGAGGAUCGGCCGAUUAUCUGCGCCGGGGAGGAUCAGGUGUUUUUGAUCACCCGAAUCCGUUUUUUAUCCAGUCGGCGUUGUGUGCUGCUGCAUGAAGGGCAGGGGCGGGUGUUUCGCGUGCGGUGGAGCCCCGCCGGCGGGGAGUUCGUCGCGUGGCUGACGGAUCGCGGCAUCGCCGUGCUGCACUACGGCAGCCGUAGCCUCCUCCAACGGGUGGCGCGGCCGGAGGGCUGUGCGGGGUUGGAGCUCUACCCCGCCACCCUUCUGUGGGAGACGCCGGAGGGGUUGCUUUGUGGGUGGGGAAGUUGGGUGCAGGAGGUGCACAUUCGCGCGGCGGGAGGCCAUUCCCCCUCCCGCGCCUCCACGAUCCCCACGAAGGAACGAUUGACCGCGGGAAAGGCGCUUUUUCAGAUCGAAUCCCCCGCCGGGGCGUUGCGGCCCGGCGGUUCGAGCGGGGAGAGUCGAUUUCGCGUCUGCGGCCUCACGCCGUUUGGUACGGAGCGGUAUCUGAUCUUGGCGUGUAUCGUGCAAGAAGAAGGGGUGAUGCGGGAUCUGGAGGUGUGCGUCGUGCGGCGGGAUACCUUGAAGGAUCUCUACCGCGCACGGAUUAUGGUGGAUUACAUCCAUCCGCUUCAGUUAGGGCUUACCUUUGCGUGUGUUCCGUUCCACCCCAGCGGUGGCGACCUCACCCCGGCGGCGAAACUCGAUCGUCGCGGGGUGGACCCCACAGGGGUCGGUUUACUCGCGAACGACCCCCAGACAGCCCCUCCGGGGAAUGAAGGAACGUUUUAUCCGCCGGAGGGCACCGUCUUCUUUAUCGUUUCCGUUGAUACCAUCAUCCGCGGCAUCCCAUCUGACGAGGACGAUCAUGUGGAGUUUUUGCUGCGGAAAGGCGAUUUCGAGGCGGCGUACCGGUAUGCCCUCCGCCAUCGCCUCCGACGGCACCUUUUAAAGGAUAUCUUUCGGCAGUUGCUGGAGUGGUAUAUGGAGCACGACAAGCUCGACCGCGUGGCCGUCCUCCUGCCCUCUUUCAUCGGCGACAAUUUGGCCGAGUGGGAGCGGUGGAUCUACCGCUUUGAUCAGCGCGGGGAGUCGUGGAAGUUGGUGGAUGUGGUGCCGAACUACACCUUUGAGGAUGCGGAAAACCACCCGCGCUAUCGGCCGUCUGCCGAGUAUUACCACUCGCUGCAGGAUAUCCGAAUUGCAGAUUUGGUGCUGCCGCUUGAAGAGGACGGUGGCGACGUCGAUCCGAGCGGGGUGGAGGCGUCUUUCGUUGACCCAAACCCCAAUCGCGCUGGCGGCGAGGUGCGGAAUGGCGAUUCCGAGGUCGUUGCCGUUACCGCGUCGCUUCGCUCGUCGAUCGGGAAGGAGUACUACGAUUUGAUCCUUAUCCGAUGCCUGGAGCGCGACCCCGUUCUUUUCAACGGCGCCGUGCACCACUUCCAAGGCCUAUUCAACAUCGAUAUCGUGCUGAAAGUCACCAAGAUUAAAUACGAUGAGAUUUGUGAAAACGCCGUGGAGCAGCUUCCCCAUCCCUGCGGCCUGACGCCGUCGUCGCGGUAUAGCGAAACCCAGAAGCUCUCCUUGUGCGAGGUCUACGCGUAUCUUUUGCAGCAGCAGGGCUGCAACGACGAGGCGUUGCAGGUGCUUCUGUUGGUUUCCAACAGCACUGAGCUGAUCCGAUUUGUUCGUCAGGCGAAGGUCUUUCACAAGGCGCUGGAGAUCCUGCCGGAGCUCUUCACGAGGAGCGCGGAGGGCACCAUUGAGCUGCUGUUGGAGCACGCGCGGCAAACGCACGGGUUUUCGUCGCCGUCGCCGUCGUCGUCGUGGCUUCGCGUGGGCUCGCCGGAGGCGCCUUCGACGUUGAACCCCUCCGUGGCGGUUCCCUCGCUAGCCUCGCCGGCGGCCCCCGGCGGCUCCCCGACGCGGAUCGCCGAUCCCCUCUCGCCGGAAUCCGUCGUGAAACGGCUCGAAGGAUGCGAGCGGCGGUUUUUAUGGCUUUACCUCCACGCGCUGCGGGAAUCCCACAAGAUCGCCUUCGCCGCGGUCGCCAAGCGCCACGCGCAGCUGAUCGCCACCCUUUAUAUCGAGUUCGACCGCGCGCAGCUCCUUCCAUUUCUCCGGGAGAUGUGCAUGUACGUGGAGCGGAUUAAGGAUAUCUGUGCGUUGUGCAAAAAGUACCACCUCUUGGAGGAGAUGGUGUUCCUUAUGGCGCGCAUCGGGCGGGCCGAGGAGGGGUUGCGCGUGAUCGUGAAACAGAUGCAUCACAUCCCCAAGGCGGUGCGUUUCAUCGUCGAGCUCCCCUCCACGGAGGAUCAGGCGGUGCUGUUUAAACGGCUGUUGGAGUUGGUAGGGGAGCGAAACGCGGAGCUGCCGAUGGGCGCCGACGGGCAGCGGUAUCUCCUCCACAACCCGCAACCCGGCGAAACCUACGCGGCGAUUGCCCGCCAGUACGACGUCGAGGAACGCGCGCUGCGGGAGGCGAAUCGCCCGCGCGAGGCUGCCAGCCCCUCCGCGUUUUCGUCCCUUCCCAAGCUGGGGAUUUCGCGCGAGGAGGUCGGGGGAAACGAAGGGGAAACGGAGACGGCGGAUUCCCUCCCUCCUUCCCCUUGUGUGGUGCCGUUGCAGCUGUUUUCCGCGCUGCUUCGUGUGGCGGCGGAUCCGGCGUUGUGUGAGAGCCACCCGGUGAUCGACGCGGCGCGGAUUAUCCGCCGACUCCCCCCGACCGAGCGCAUCGCGCACCUGGGGGAGUUCAUCGCCGCGAUCGUGCGGGCGCGGGCGGAGAAUCGCGAUUCUCUCGCCACGGUGCUUCAGGUCUUGCGGUCGGAGUUGGUCGCCCACCACGGUGAGCUUCUCGCGCGACGAACGGCGGCGUUGCGCGUCGUUCCGGCGAGCGCGCGAUGCGCGUUUUGUCGGCUCGCGACCGCACGCGAGGGCGGGGUGGUUUUUGGCUGCGGGCACUUUUAUCAUUCGUCCUGCGUGCUUCGUUACCUCGCCGCCGAUGAUAUGGCGACCACGGACCUGGCGAAGGUCGAUCCGGAGGACUUCUUCGCCCACCCGAUGCGGUACUCGAAGGCGCAGAAAGAGAUCCCUUAUUGCUGUUUGUGCGUACAGUCGCGUGGUGGUCUUCUAAGGUAUUAG